GCUGCCUUCGUCGAUGUUUGCUGACCCUGUUUCCGCCUUCUCGUGCACCGUCUGCUCCGAAGUGUGAUCUUUACUGGUGCUCUUCAGUGAUUGUGUCUGCCACCGGUGUGAUGCCAAAGUGUAUUCGCUGCAGUCACGAUAUCACCGGCGACUACUUACGCUGCAACGCCUGCCAGUCUGUCUCCCAUACCGUCUGCCCAGGUCGUGUCCUUCGAAGCUCUAGAAUCAAGCCCUGCUGUACUCGUGCUUUCACCACUGACGACUCCACUCCUGUCCGAGUUGGCUUACCGACCAGGACCUCAAGUGUUAGCUCUCGUGCUGCUCGAUUCGACAGCACUCGUGGAGUACCUCCGGACCGUAGCUCGUCUCUCCCCGAUCUGUCCAAUUUUUUCGACGCAUCUAUGCCGCCUAAGGUAGCCUCUGGGUCGACUGCCCCCCCAUGGUUUUCGGAGUUCCGACUCUACCUUGGUGAUGAGCUAAAUGGCCUGAAGUCGCAGCUCAGCAGCAUCAGCGAGCGCUUGGACAGGCAAGAGGCCGCUAUCACCCAAAAUUCCGCCGACAUAGCCGCGAUUCGCGACGAAGUCGGCUCUCUGAGAAAGGAUCCCCGCCUGGUAGACUCCUGCGAGAUGCUUGUGACCGGCUUACCCGCCGACCUGAAUCUCUCGAACGAUCAGAUUCUGGUCAAGAUUUUUGAAGCCCUAGAUCUUGAUGGCUACUCACGCUUCGUUGCUCGCACGAGAGACUGGCAGCCCAAGCCCAAGAAUUGCACCCGUGAUGACAACGCGGAUGCCCCUCGCACUAAGGCCUUUGUCUUCAAAUGCUCAUCGCCUACUAUACGCGAUGAUGUCAUCUUCCACUCUGGCAGGCUCUCAGGCAAGGACCACCAAUCGCUGUUCGGCAUGGGUGGCUCAGGCAGGGUCAUGCUUCGACCACUGUGGCCUACCCCCGUUCACCGCCUUCUGUCUCAGGCCCGCGAGGCAGCGGUCAAGCUCAAUUACGCGCGACCGUUGGUGCGUGACUUGGUCGUCUGCAUGAGGGAGACGAGUGGCUCAACUCUUGUACCUGUCUACAGUGCUGAUGACUUGAAGGCCCUCAAGUCAAGGCCACAAUGACGGUCACUCAAACCCUCUACUCGCCUGCCCACCACCCACCCUCUGGUACGUGACAAUUUUCUUUCUGUCGCCCACGCAAAUGUCAAUCGCCUCGAAUAUCACUUCGCGCUGGUCGAGGAUCGCAUCACUAGCUUCAACUACGAUAUCUUCGCAAUUUCAGAGACUUUCCUCGUGCCUGAUGCCCCCGACUCAGUGUUUCAACUUGACGGCUACAACUUUUUCCACAACGACAGAUCUGAGAGGGGUGGUGGCGGUGUAGCGGCCUAUGUCCGCGACUGCUUUCGAGUCAAAACUCUGGCCGCCUCAAGUCCAAAGUACGACAAUACUCCGGAGUUUUUGAUUCUCGACCUAUCUUACAAAUCGACGAAUCUUUUGCUCGCUGCAGUCUAUAUGAGACCCCACUGUACUCAAGUCAACUCUUUCUUUGAUACCUUGGCAGUAUUCCUACCAAAGUAUACCAAU